CAUCAUUUAUCGUGUCAGUCACGCUACAAUCGAUGAAAUUGAAUUAUUGGAGAAACAUUACCUAAUACGCAUUACUCCUGCUUAAAAGCUUUCAAAAAUUUCUCUGCUUUUGUCAAAAUUAGAUCAGUCUGAAUUAUAUUUUUCAUUCCUCUUUGGAAUCUGCGUUCAUGGCGUCUUCCUCUGUAUCUAAAAAGUUAUAUGAUGCAUUCAUAAGCCACCGAGGCCCUGACGUGAAAGACACUGUGGCUUUUGCGCUUUACGAAUCACUGGAGGAAAUGGGCUUUUGGACAUUUCUUGAUGAUCAAGCAUUACAAUUGGGAGAUCCAAUUGAAUCUGCCAUAAAAAAUGCCAUAUACUCUUCCAGUGUCCAAAUCGCCAUCUUCUCACCAGGUUAUGCGGAAUCCCCUUGGUGUCUAGAUGAACUGGUUGACAUGUUGGAUACCAAGGUUCUGUUUAUUCCUGUAUUUUGUGAUGUCCAGCCUUCUGACCUUCGCUACCCUCACAAGGGAGUUUAUGCACCUGCUUUCGCUCGACAUCAAGAAAAGAAGAGAUUCAGUGGCAGCAGGAUUGACCAGUGGAAAGCAGCCCUCCUCUCUUCUUCACUCAUCUCUGGCUACAAAUUCAACACAUCUAACGAUAAUGUCGAGAUGCUGUGUACAAAGAUUGCCUUGGCUGUGCAACAAGAGGUUGGGAAGCUAAAUGUCUUCCCAAGACAUGGGGAAGUUGCAAAACAUAAGGAAGGUCUUCAUUCAGAUGCGGCAGCAUCAACAAGUACAUCAGCACAGGUGAAGAAAUCUAGUCUUCUGCCCAGAUAUUCACAUCCAGUGGGGUUAGAAUCCAAAGUUGAAUGCUUGGUAGGCUUGUUGGAAGACCCACAAGUUCAAAUCAUAGCCGUUGUUGGUAUGGGGGGCUCAGGGAAAACAUUUCUCCUUCAAAUUGUCUACAAAGCCGUAAAAUCCAAGUAUGAUCAUUCUAUUUGGCUUUCUAUUUCUAGAUCUUAUUCUCUCAAGAAUUUGCAACAUGAUAUAGCCUCCCACAUAGGUAUACAUAGUGAACUUGUGAGUGAAGAGAGAGCGGCUGAAUUGAUUCAUGACUAUCUCCAAGGGAAAAGAUCUCUUAUUGUGUUGGAUGAUGUGUGGACUCUCUCUACUGAAAAUUCUCUGAUUGAUAAACUUGAUCUGCCAGCUGAGAAAGAUUGUAAAGUUGUGGUAACUACAAGAAAUAGGCAGGUUGCUCUAAAUUCAAGUGUUUGAAUUUAUGAGAUGUCAUAUUUGUCAGACGAACACAGUUGGAGGCUGUUUUGUGUUACCGCAUUUCCUGAUGGUGUGGGAAAUAGAAUUUUGAAGGACAUGGGAGAGGAAGGUCGGAAGAUUGUAAAGCAAUGUGGAAAUUUACCUCUUGCUAUCAAAACGAUAGCAGCAUCUCUGGCCAACACCAGACAUCCCAACAAAUGGGAGUUGAAGCACCGUCAUCUCGAAAGAGUAGUUGCUCCCAUUGGUGACCUUGACCCUGUCAUGGAGAUUUUAAAAUUGAGUUAUGACUCGUUGCCUGCACACCUUAAACCAUGUUUUGCAUAUCUUUCCUUCUUUCUCGAGGAUGAGGAGAUAUAAGCAGGGUAUUUGAUGUAUCUUUGGAUAGGAGAAGGAUUCGUCCCAGCAGGAGAAGACCAGUGGGAUAUGGCGUGGGCUUGGUUACAUCUACUUGUUCAGCUGUGUCUGCACAGCUUCAAGUAUAUGCGGAUUUUGAUUCAGGUUAUUCUGGUGCCUAUAAAUUUAAUAAAUUCUGUAAAAUUCAUGAUCUAUUGCAUGAUUUGGCCAUACACAUAGCGGAAGAAAAUAAAUGUGCCUUUUCUGUUGAGGAAAUCUCCACACAUACAAGUGGUGCCAGGGGCUGGAGUCGGAUUUUACUGGCCAAGAAAGGUGUACAUGUCAUCAAGACCAUCUCAGAGAGCCAUCCUGUUUAUCUCCGUACACUUUCACUAUCUCACAACAAGAUGAUUACAAGCAUUCCCACAAACUUGUUUACCACUAUGAGAGGACUGCGCGUUCUGGAUUUGAGCUCCACAGAUAUCUCUACACUGCCUGCGUCUGUUGGAAAGAUGAUUCUUCUGAAAGUUCUGAAUUUAACGGGUAUAGAUAUUCGGGAGUUACCAGAGUGUGUGAGACAUCUGAAAAGUCUCUUGUUUCUUGCUCUCCCUAUCUAUUGCUCUCAAUUACCAGAAUGGAUAAGCGAACUUCAAUGUCUUCAGUGUUUAGAAGGUCGGGGUAUUGAUCGCAUGCCAAAGGGAAUAUCAAAGCUGAUUUCUUUGAGAGCACUGCGAUCAUACUUGACAUUCUCCAAAGAAGAGGACGGAUCCAUACAGUUAGGCGAUUUGGCCAAUACGACUCAGCUUCAGGAACUAUGGUUAGAAAUUAGCCAUGAGAUGCAGAUGAAAAGGAUGGAAGAAUGUACCCUUGCACAGCUGGUAAAGAUGCGCUGUCUGGAAAUGUACAGUUACAUUGAUGAGAAAACGGAGCUUCUGCAGCUUCCUAAAAAUAUUACAGCAAUGAAACAUUUGGAAGAUCUUACAUUGUGCAGGUUUGUAGUUCCAAGUUGGAUAUGUGAUUUGGCAAAUCUGAAGCAAUUAUGCUUAGAAUAUUGUGAAUGCAGUGAUUAUCCUGAGUUGCAGAGAAUGCCCAACCUAGUGAGCUUACAGUUGUGUGGGAACCAGAGCUGCAGAGAAUUGCCCAAUGGUUUUGGAGAGUCCGGAGGGUUUCCACAACUCCGCCUUUUUUGGAUUAGUAGUUUCACAUUAUUAGAAGAGUUUCCUGAAUUGGAGGAGGGAACGAUGCCAUGUCUCGAGAAUUUCUAUCUAUUUAACUGUCCGAAACUGAAACUGAAGAGAUUCGAGAGGUUGAAAAGACUCAAGGGGUUUAAUUCAAAUUCAACAUGGACUAAUGUACCACUUGUACCUGAUAUAUAAAAGAACUACAUGGAAGAUUCAAGAUAUAAUAGGAAAAACAACAAAUUAUUUAGGUA